AUGCCGGAAAGGGUGCGCACGGUCUUCGCCGACUCCGACGACGAAGCGCCCGUCGCCAAAACGCAGAAGCCCGUCGACACCAAACCGAGCCACGAAGUCGAUUCCACGAAACGAAAAGCCCCUAGCCACGAGGAUGGCAAGAAGAAGCCCAAAAAUAAGAAACGGAAACAGGAUGAAUCGACGCACCCUCGAUCUCAAUCUCAACCUUCGACCGCCGCAGACGAGAACCGCGCACCGACCCCACGAACCGCCGACGAGAGGGCAGCAGCCCGAGCCGCAGCAGGCAGCGGACCUGGCAAAUCGAAACAGAAGUCCCAAAAGCACAAGCAGGAUCGGGACCAGAAUCAGAAGUCGUUCAAGGAUAGCAAGCGGGAUUUCGGUCCGCUGAGGGAAAAGGCCAAAGCGCUCUACGAGAUCCGGAAGAACCUUCCCAUCUUUCCCCAUGGCGAUGAGAUUCGAGAAUACCUGCGCCAGAACGACGUGAUGCUGUUGAUUGGUGAAACGGGUAGCGGAAAGAGUACGCAGAUUCCGCAGUUCCUGGUGGAUGAGCAGUGGUGUCGGCCGGUCAAGACAAGCGUUGCCAAUGAGGAUGGUUCACAAAAGGAAUUGGAGGUCGGUGGGUGCAUCGCCAUCACGCAGCCGAGACGAGUCGCGGCGAUUUCGCUGGCGAGACGUGUUGCGGACGAAAUGGGGACACCUCUCGGUUCUUCUUCGCCAGCCAGUAAAGUCGGAUACUCGGUUCGAUUCGAUACGUCUACGUCGCCAAGUACGCGGGUCAAGUUUCUUACGGAGGGAAUGCUUCUGCAGGAGAUGCUGCGUGAUCCGUGGUUGACCAAGUACAGUGCCAUCGUGGUCGAUGAAGUGCACGAGCGUGGUGUCAACGUUGAUCUUGUCUUGGGAUUCUUGAGGAAUAUGGUCUCUGGGAAGCGCGGGGGAAGAGGCGGAGUGCCCUUGAAGGUGGUGGUGAUGAGUGCCACGGCUGAUAUGGAAAGUCUGCUUGGGUUCUUCAAAGAAGGUUACCAGGCCCAGCGUGCGAUUGAGUCGUCAGGCUCAGGAAACAACGCGGAUGGCAAGCCAAUUAAACAGAAAGACGCCUCGAAAAAGAAGGCCAGUGAUGAAAUUGCUGUCUGUCAUAUCAAAGGUCGACAGUUCCCUGUCAAGACGAUCUACUCCCCAGAGCCAGUCCAUGACUUCGUCGACGCAGCUCUCAAGGUCAUCUUCCAAAUUCAUUACAAGGAGCCUAUGCCCGGUGACAUCCUAGUCUUCCUGACUGGACAAGAGACCGUCGAAGCCCUGGAAAAGCUGGUGAAUGAGUACGCCGUGGGGAUGGAUCCAGCACUGCCCAAGGUGCAGGUUCUCCCGCUCUUUGCUGCUCUUCCUCAGGUUGCUCAGCAGCGAGUCUUCUUGCCCGCACCACCUCGGACUCGCAAGGUCAUUCUCGCCACCAACAUUGCCGAAACAUCCGUCACGGUGUCCGGAGUACGCUUUGUGGUCGACUGUGGAAAAGCCAAGGUCAAGCAGUUCCGCAGUCGCCUUGGACUAGACUCCUUGCUGGUCAAGCCCAUCUCGAAAUCUGCCGCCAUUCAGCGUAAGGGUCGUGCCGGUCGUGAAGCCCCGGGUCAAUGCUAUCGACUCUUCACCGAGAAAGAUUAUCUCGAUCUCGAUGAAGUCAACACCCCCGAGAUCCUCCGAUGCGAUCUCAGCCAAGCUCUCCUUAACAUGAAAGCUCGCGGCGUUGACGAUGUCAUGGGCUUCCCGUUCUUGACGAGACCUCCCCGCGAAUCGCUGGAAAAAGCUCUUCUGCAAUUACUGAGUAUCCAGGCCCUCGAUGGGACGGGCCAAAUCAGCGAAAUCGGCCAGCAGAUUGCGAAACUCCCUCUUACCCCUACCCUUGGUCGCGUGCUUCUCGCGGCGUCGGAACACGGCCCCGACUGUCUAUUAGAUGUGAUCGACAUCAUCUCCUGCCUGAGUGUGGAGACUAUCUUCCUCAACACGACGACGGAAGAGAAGAAAGAAGAAGCCGAGCAAGCCCGCCGGGACCUCUACCGGAGAGAAGGUGACCAUCUCACUAUGCUCGCCACCGUUCAGGCCUAUGCAGCAGAAAAUACGAACCGAAAGGCCUGGGCGGAGAAACAUAUGGUCUCGCACCGAGCCAUGCAAUCCGUCAUGGACGUCCGCAAACAACUCACCACGCAAUGCCGCCAAGCCAAACUCCUCCCUCCCCUAAACGGCCGCGAGACCAACGACUCCGUCAUCCGAGACCCAUCCCCCGAGCUGAUCCUCAAGAGCUUCCUGCGUGGAUUUUUCACCAACACGGCUCGUCUCGUGCCCGACGGCAGCUAUCGCACCGUGGCAGGGAACCAAACGGUAGCGAUCCACCCGUCCAGCGUCCUCUUUGGCAAGAAGGUCGAGGCGAUCCUGUAUAAUGAGUUCGUGUUUACGAAUCGGAGUUACGCUCGUGGUGUGAGUGUCGUGCAGAUGGGGUGGAUUGAGGAGGCUUUGGUGGAUUAG